GGCCGCCGCGGCCCAGGCCGGUUCCGGACGGCGCCGCGGACGCCGCGGCUCCCGGAACUGAGCGGGCGCCGUCUCACUUCCUACUCGGGAUUCAAAAUGCGAAACCAGACACUGGCGGGCCGCGUCCUCGCGGGGAGACUCUUCCCUGUGGUUCUCGGCGGGUGGAUUAUGUUUCCCAGACACGACUCGACAAACACUUUGCCGCGAGUGGAACUCAAACCGGAGCCCAACUAAACAAGGAAAGGUCGUUGUAUAGGCUGUGACACCGAUUAAAGGGUCGGUUAUUAGUAGGAAGAAAACACCCUUACGGAAAAAAUUGGGCUUCGUUCAAGGUUCUGAUUCUUGGGCGAUAGUUUGUGUCUUAGACGCUAGAUUUUUCGUAAACCUAUAUGUGAAACUGUCUUAUUUUCAGUAUAGCUGAGAAUAAAUCUGAGAGUAAAUCCAGUUAUCUGUUGUUCUAAUAGAGGGGGAAAAAAAGCCCUCAAGAACGUGCCAUCUUCUUUUCUUAGAACGUUAAGCUUCAGGAGAAUCAGAAAGAAACCAUUUGGUGUUUUUUUGUUUUUUCCCCAAACCUAAAAAACGUAUCUCGUUUAGGCCUGAAGUUACUAAAGAAUUGCAUGGAUUUGCAAAACCCAGUGUUGAUCCGAGGCCCUGUUUUAGGUGGUGGAUUUGGUGCCUUACCUCCAUGAAGCCUAAUGUUGAAAAAAAUUCAAGUGUCCUAGUUCCCCUCAUCUCCUUUUGGUUUGUCCUACUGGAGGUGCUAAUGAAGAGAGAAUGAUGAAGCCCAGAAGUGCAUAGGAAAAAACUAAAGAGAAGAGGUUGAUUAUUAAUUUUUUAAAAAGUUGUAGCACUGUAUAAUGGAAUCUGAUUAUCAGCUCCAUGACUUGGACCAUUGCAUCUGCACACACUUGAAGGUAUGGAAGCAGUUUGAAUUUAGGUUUACAAUAGGAAGACAUAUUGAAACAUUUGCUUCUCCCAUUCCUUGUACAGUAGAGAAUCUAUUUAUUGGUAUUGAGACAUAAUUCACAUAAAAUUCUCCCUUUUCAUCACUGAAAUCGUUUAUUUUUAAAAAAUAUUUUGAUGCUUAAAAUGAAGGCUUUUUAGAAUUGUAUUACAGAUCAUGAGAAGAUACUGGCCAAAUUUAUUAGGAACUCUAGAAUAUUUGGUCAUUAUUGCACAUUAUAAAAGGAAGUGUCUAGAUUUUAGCCCACUUUUUUGAGUGUUUGUAAUAGUUAUAUGAUUCAAAUGUAUAGGACAAAUACUUUCUGGUUUUGGCACUGAGUGGUAGAAGAAUCAUUCAUUAGUUGGCUCAGUGAUUAUAUCAUCCUUUGUCUGAAUUUCCUUUUGGAAUAGGUGGAUGGUAUACCCAACCCAUGGAUGUUUUGGAAGUAACUUUAUUUUUGGAAGGAAUUUCACAUUUCCCUCCCUUUCUAGUUUCCCCCCCUUUAAUUCAAUGUUAGCCAUAUUUAAAUUGAGAGAUUUUUAGCUUCUAGAGGAUGGAGACCACAUUAAUUCCGUAUAUGCCCCCUCUGUAUGGGUUUUGCACAGUGUCUUUUGCAUCAUAAGUACUUGAUUAUUUGAAUUUAGAGGUUACUUCGCUUAAUGCCCAAAAUAUAUCUUAUGACUUAUAAACAGGCUGUGGUUUUUACUUACUUGGUGGUGGAAAAUAGGCGUGGAAAAGGCAUUUUUUUGCUUCUAUUUUGACAGCAGCCAUGUAUGAUAAAAAUAUGCGUAGUUCCCAAAACUAUAUCCAACACUUUCUCCCCUCUCUUUUAUUCUUUUUAUUAUGAACAUCUCCUUAACUUUAUCAGUGAGGUUAAUGAAUGAUUUAUUUUGUAUUUAGAUGCAAAACAGUGUAAGGCUGUGAUGCUCAUCUCUUCUUAGUUAUAAAACUUAUCCAGACUCCAUAUCAUAGCAUGAAAUAAAAGUGAUUAUGGGUGAGGGGUAGAAUUUAUUUGGUAAAACCUGAUUUAUUCCUUAUAUAAGCUCUUGUAGUAGGAGUGUUAGAGAUAUCUUCAACACUAAUGAUUAAUAAAAGAAAAAAAUACUUAUGAGAGGUAUGGUGACUACUGUGAAAGCAGUAAAAACUAUGUAUUUUUAAUCCUGAAGAUGGAAGAAUAAAAGGUAUGUUGGACUGGCACAGGUGUGCUAUUUUACAGUUUAAUGAAACCUGUAAAGUAUAGUCAGGACAUUCUAGAAAUCCUCCAUACAGACACUUUUACCAGUGUGACAUCUUUGUGUUUUCAAACAGAGUUUUCCCAACUCCUAGGUAUAUGUAGGUGUUCCAGUAAAAAAAAUAAAAUAAAGAGUUCUGUGGUCAGAUAAAUUUGGGAAAUGGUAUUUUAGAGUGAUCUGUUUUUACCACUUCUCCUGUCUCAGAGAGGGAUGUUGAUGAGAUAAUGGACAUGAAGUGAUGAAGCAGGAAAUCUCUUCUGAGGUUGGCCUUCAGGCAGGAGGUGAGGUAAUAAGAGCUGCAGAAUGUCUUCACCUAACACAGAGCUGAUUUGGGAUACACUGGUGGCAGAAGGAUUUGUAACUAGGCUUUUGUGGCCACAGGAACCAAUCUGUCUCUCCAGUUUUUUCCGGCCAGCUGGCAGGGAGAACAGCGACAAACACCUAGCCGAGAGUAUGUCGACUUAGAAAGAGAAGCAGGCAAGGUAUAUUUGAAGGCUCCCAUGAUUCUGAAUGGAGUCUGUGUUAUCUGGAAAGGUUGGAUUGAUCUCCAGAGACUGGAUGGUAUGGGCUGCCUGGAGUUUGAUGAGGAGCGAGCCCAGCUGCACAUGGUUUGGGUCAUGCUGCUCUGCCUUCUGUGCUACCUCGUGCUGUUCCUCUGCCGACAUUCCUCCAAUCGUGGCGUCUUCCUCUCCGUCACCAUCCUCAUCUACCUACUCAUGGGUGAGAUGUACAUGGUGGACACUGUGACGUGGCACAAGAUGCGAGGGGCCCAGAUGAUUGUGGCCAUGAAGGCAGUGUCUCUGGGCUUCGAUCUGGACCGGGGCGAGGUGGGUGUGGUGCCCUCGCCCGUGGAGUUCAUGGGCUACCUCUACUUUGUGGGCACCAUCGUCUUUGGGCCCUGGAUAUCCUUCCACAGCUACCUACAGGCUGUCCAAGGCCUCCCGCUGAGCCGCCAGUGGCUGCAGAAGGUGGCCCAGAGCCUGGUGCUGGCCCUGCUGUGCCUUGUGCUGUCCACCUGUGUGGGCCCCUACCUCUUCCCCUACUUCAUUCCCCUUGAUGGUGACCACCUCCUUCACAAGUGGCUGCGAGCCUACGAGAGUGCUGUCUCCUUCCACUUCAGCAACUAUUUUGUGGGCUUUCUAUCUGAGGCCACAGCCACAUUGGCGGGGGCUGGCUUCACCGAGGAGAAGGGUCACCUGGAAUGGGACCUGACGGUCUCUAAGCCACUGAAUGUGGAGCUGCCCCGGUCCAUGGUGGAAGUUGUCACAAGCUGGAACCUGCCCAUGUCUUGUUGGCUAAAUAACUAUGUUUUCAAGAAUGCUCUCCACCUCGGGACCUUUUCAGCCGUGCUGGUCACCUAUGCAACCAGCGCCCUCCUGCACGGCUUUAGCUUCCACCUGGCUGCGGUGCUGCUGUCCCUGGCAUUUAUCACUUAUGUGGAGCACAUCCUCCGAAAGCGCCUGGCUCGGAUCCUCAGUGCCUGUGUCUUGUCGAAAAGGUGCCCACCAGACUGUUCACACCAGCAUCGUUUGGGCUUGGGGGUGCGAGCCUUAAAUCUGCUCUUUGGGGCCCUGGCCAUCUUCCACCUGGCCUACCUGGGCUCCCUGUUUGACGUUGAUGUGGACGAUACCACAGAGGAGCAGGGCUACAGCAUGGCAUACACUGUCCACAAGUGGUCAGAGCUCAGCUGGGCCAGUCACUGGGUCACUUUUGGAUGCUGGAUCUUCUACCAUCUCAUAGGCUGAGGCACGUCUGUGGACCCUCACAGCUCCCUCAAGAACCCUCCCCUGGGUGCCAACUCUGAUGGGGGGAUGAGGGAAGGCCCUUUCUCUAAUUUUUUUUUUUUUCCUGCGGUACGCGGGCCUCUCACUGUUGUGGCCUCUCCCGUUGCGGAGCACAGGCUCCGGACGCGCAGGCUCAGCGGCCAUGGCUCACGGGCCCAGCCGCUCCGCGGCAUGUGGGAUCUUCCCGGACCGGGGCACGAACCUGUGUCCCCUGCAUCGGUAGGCGGACUUUCAACCAGUGCGCCACCAGGGAAGCCCUAAUUUUUGACCCUCUUUUUUGACCCUCUCUCCAUUCUUGACCCCCCCGCCCAGUACACGUACACACACACACACACACACACACACACACACACACACACACACACAC